GUGUGUUGUUUGCUCAUUUCACAGUGAAACCUGUAGUUCGUGUUCAUCCUGAUAAAAAUGUGUUCAGAGGAGAGAAAGUCACUCUCACAUGUGACAUACAGCAGACAGGAGACUGGCAGUACAUUUGGGAUAAAGAAGGAUAUGUUAAAAGUGCAGAACAAAACCAGAGCUAUAUAAUCUCAUCUGUGGAUCAGUCUCAUAGUGGUGUGUACAGCUGUAGAGUGUCUCAGUCAAACGCUCAAUAUCACUCAGAGUCCAGUGAUGGAGUUAAACUGACAGUAUCAGAGAAACCCAAACCUGUAGUUCGUGUUCAUCCUGAUAAAAAUGUGUUCAGAGGAGAGAAAGUCACUCUCACAUGUGACAUAGAGCAGACAAGAGACUGGCAGUACAGCUGGAAUAAGAACGGGAAACCAGUUAAGAGUGCAGGACGAGACCAGAACUAUACAAUCACACCUGUGUAUUUGUCUCAUGAUGUCAUGUACAGCUGUUAUGGAGCUCUGUCAAACACUCCACAUCAGUCAGAUCCAUAUCAGUCAGAGUCCAGUGAUGGAGUUAAACUGACAGUAUCAGAUAAACUGCAGCCGACUCUGACUGUAAAUCCUCAGAGUUCAGUGUUCACUGGAGACACAGUUACUCUGAGCUGUGAUGUGGGACAGUCAACUGGAUGGACAAUUCACUGGAGGAAAGACUCAAACCCUGAAUCCACUGAUGCAGCAACUAAAACAAUCGAGUCUGUGAGUGUCUCUGAUGGAGGAAGAUACUGGUGCAAAGCACAACGAGGAGAAUAUUACAGCGAGUUCAGUAAUACAGCUGAGAUAACAGUAAAAGUGAGACCCAAACCUGCAGUUCAUGUUCGUCCUGAUAGAAGUGUGUUCAGAGGAGAGAAAGUCACUCUCACAUGUGACAUACAGGAGACAGGAGACUGGCAGUACAGCUGGAAUAAAGAAAAAAAUCAAGUUAGCAGCGCAAGAAAAGACCAGAACUAUAUCAUCUCAUCAGUGGAUUGGUCUCAUAGUGGUGUGUACAGCUGUGAAGGAACUCAGUCAAAAGCCCCAACAUACUCACAGAUGAGUGAUGGAGUUACACUGACAGUAUCUGGUGAGUGUGUUCAUCUUUUCCUCACAUCAUUCCAACCCAAACAGAUUGAGUAACAGGUAAACUUGAUCUUAGUUUGUCUCACCUAUUAUGCUCCUAGUCAGAUUAUGUUCUUGUUAAGAAUUUGUAGCAGAUAUUGGAUCAACAGUGGCAGUGACAGAGAAUAUUAGGCUGUUUUCGAUCACAAAAGUCUCAAUACAGUACAAGUUUAUUCUCCAGUUUAUUUCAGUGAGCUGCUGCCCAUCAUGUUUUCUGCAGAUUGUAACCGUUAAUGUAGCGAACAAGAUUGGCAAUUUGAUCAUUACUCUAAAUCUAUUUAUUUAUUCACUUAAUAUG